AUGGGGCUUCUCUCCAGCCUUUCCCUCCAGCAGCUGACGGAGCUGCUGCAGAAGUCCCUGGGUCGCAAGAGGAGGAAGAGGAGGAGGAGGAAGUCGGGCGUCCCGCGAGUGGCCGAGGACACCAUGGGCCGGGCCAUGGCCCGCAGUGUGGGCGGGUUUGCCUUGGGCAUGGCCCUCUCCGGCAUCUACGGGGCGCUGGUCAUUUUCGUGCAAGGUUACAACAUCUGGUACUGUCUGACCACGACCAUCAUGCUGGCCGCGGGCCUUGGGCUCGGCAUGGGCUUCUCCCGCAAAGUGAGGGUCACCGUCCUCCUCACGCUGCCCCAGAUUUUCUCAAAGGAGGGCAAGACCAUGAUGCUGCUGCUGGCCUUCGGCCUGGCCAUGGAGGGCCCCUUCGCCAACAUCCUCCGGAACUUCAGCCGGGCCGCCGAGGCCGUGUCCUGCGGCGCGGAGCUCGCCCUGAACCAGACGGCGGACAUGCUGCAACGGGCCCGCCAGCCCCUGAUCAACGUGCUGCAGAAGAUCAAGGCGAUUGCCCAGAAGGCCAAGGUGGUGGGCGACCGCGUGCGGAAGCUUUUCCGGUCUGUGAUGGACUCCGUGCGCCACGUAGCCCACUGCCUGCGCAACGUCUGGUACUGGCUCCUGAACAUGGGCAAAAUUUGCAACGAGGAGAUGGGCACCCCCUACCGGAAGUGCGCCCGCAUCUUCGAGAACGCCAAGGACGAGUGUCAGCGGGCCGUGCCCUUCCUGUACUUCCUCUGCCACAUCGUGCUGCUGUUCAAAUACCUCUGCGGCCUGGCGAACAUCCUGCUUGUCUUCUGCAUAAUUCCUCGGUACAUCGUGCCCUUCCUGCGCCGGAAAGUAGCCCAGCCCAUCGUGGCCGUCCUCAACCGGGUGCGUCGCGAGUUCGAAUUCAACAUCACCACCGUGCACAAGUACGAGGUGGCCAUCAACGCGAGCAAGAGCCUGAACCAAGUCGCGUUCGACAUCAUGGAGGACAUCUCUGCUCGGCUGCAGCCGGCCAAGGAAGCCGUGGGCCUUUUCGGAUACAUGUCCACCCUGCUCAUUCUCUACGUCUACAUCAAGGCUCUGCUCUACCGAAAGCGCUACUUGCACGAGGACAACUUCGACAACAUCUACAUCACCAAGGCGUUUUUGGAACUGGACGCGAUGCGGAGGAAGAACAGGCGGCCCAGCGUCCUGCCGCUGUCUGCGAAAGAGAGCACCAAGUACAUCCACCCAGCUUCGCUCGUGCUGCCCCGGAAAGAGCAAUUCCGCUACGCCCUGGCGAUCGCCUCCAUCUGCCGCCAGCUGAUCCUGGCCGUCCUGCUCAUCGUCGCCGACUUCUCCGUCUUCUGGCUGUUCGACUUGGUGCGAUUCCAGCUGCAUGGGGAAAUUGUAGCCAGAGCCCCGAUGACGAUGAGCGUCAGUGUAAGCGGAAAGGGCUACAUGGGAGAGAUGUACCGGGACCUGGCCUCCUCCUUCGAUGUGCUGCAGCGCGGGAACGUCAGUGUGCUCUCCCCGAAGUGUCGCUUGCGCCCUGCGGAGCCGGAUUAUAAUGGCUACGUAGCCAUCGGCCUCUUGUAUGGUCUUUGCUUUUUCAGCGCCAUCUUCGGCACGUACAUACAGCGCCUGAGACGGGCAGUGUGUGCCUGGUACUAUCCCUCCCGGGAACGGGAGCGGAUUUGCUACCGCUACAACACCAUCCUGACCCGACGGAAUGGGCUGGCGAGAGCCGUGCUUCAGGCCGUAAGGGAACGAUCGGCAGACGGAGGACGCACCAGUAUCUUACUGGUCCUUGCAGCGAAGUGUCCAUGUGCCUGGCUGGUUAAGAAGCUGGGCGUACAUGAGUCCUACUGCAUGGGUUGCGGAAGGAUCCGGGACGGCACGGCCAGCGAAGGCUUUGUCACUUGCAUCACCCCGGGAUGCCGAGGUAUCUACUGCCCUGAGUGUUACAAACUCCUGAAAAAUACCUGUUCUAUCUGCAUGGCUCCUCUCACUUACCAGGGAGAGAUGGAUGAAGAGAUGGAUUCCAGCGACGAAGAGGCCAUGGCGCUGUGGACCAGGGCCGUGAGGGCGCUCCGUGGGGUGCCGGACAAGGAACGACAGAGGCGGCGGCAGUUGCUGAAGGCUCGGAUCGCACGGGCCGUGAAGGGACAGGGGGGCUGCCGCCGCUUACCCCCCGAGCUGGCCAAGAAGAUCUUAGCCGAGCUGAAGCAAGACGAGGACAGUGAGGACGCAUCCUCCAGCUCAGAAGAAGGCAGCUCCUCCUCUUCCUCCUCGUCUCCAUCCAGCCUGGAUUUUAGUUACCAGAAGGAAGCAGAAAGCAGUAGCAGUGGAGAGUUUUCGGAGGUGAAAAGCAGUAACCCUAAGAAGUAG